AUGUGUACACCAAAAAAGACACCUAGAGUAGAAAAAUUAUCUAUGCAUGCUAGUGCAUUAUUAUUAAAUCAAUUACCAUAUAAAUUGAGAGAUACAAGUGCCCCUUUAAUUUCGUGUGAUAUUGGUAGAUCCAUUUUUCAUAAUGCAUUACUUGACACCGAUGCUAGUAUUAAUUUAUUACCUACAAGUAUUUGUGAUAAAUUUAAUAUUUCUAUUCUUAAACCUUCUACUGUUACCUUACAAUUUAUUGAUAGAUCCAUAAAACAUCCUAAAGGUAUUUUAGAAAAUGUGAUAGUAACAGUUAAAGGGUGUAAAUUUCUAGCUGAUUUUGUAGUGUUGGAAAUAGAUUUUAAUAGACAGUUUUAUGAUACAUCAAUCAUUCUAGGGAGACUAUUUUUGCAUUUAGUAAAGAUGAAUAUUAAUUUUCCCACAGGUAUUACGAAAAUUUCAUGUGGAGAUCAAUCAAUAGAAAUUAAAAUUUUUGAGGUACCGAAUGAUCUUAAGAAAUCUCAAGUAUCUGAUUGUCGUACCAUAGAUCUUCUAGAUGAUUUUGAUGAUCUAGAUGUUAUUGAUGAUUGUGUGUUGGAAGAAUUAGAGGAAAUAGAGAAUAUAAAUUUAGGAGAAAAGAAAGAGGAAGAUCAUCCGAAUUUAGAGUUGAAACCUCUUCCCUCUAGUUUAAAAUAUUUGUUUUUGGAGGAAAAUAGUUCAUUUCCUGUUAUUAUUGUAGUUGAUUUGAGUGAUGAACAGGAAGAAGAAUUAUUAGAUGUACUUCGAAAAAAUAAGAAGGCCAUGGGCUAG